UAAUCGAUUUUUAUUAAUUGAGAAUUUAACUUUGUUUUGGUUUUUAAGCAGGCAAAACAAAUCUGCAUUAAUGAAUACUUUAGGAAAAAAGACCACAAAUAAUGGGUCCGAUGAUGCGAAUGACAAAGAGAAGCCCCUACGGCCAUUCGUGAAAACCGCUACAGACCUGCAAAGACUGAAACUGGAAAAGCUGAUGAAGAACCCCGAUAAACCCGUCAAUAUACCCGAGCAGCGCCGCGAAAAGGAUUACAUGGCCUCGGUGCCGACAUUUGUGAGGAAUGUAAUGGGCAGCAGUGCAGGAGCUGGCUCGGGGGAGUUCCAUGUUUAUAGACAUUUACGACGAAAAGAAUAUGCACGUCAGAAAAACAUACAGCAUCAGAGUGCCCAAGAGGCGGCUGACAGUGCUUUUCAACAGAAAUUAGAAGAUAAUCGAAGAUCGGCUGAGGAGAAAACCGCCAAAAAGCGAGCCAAGAGAUUAAAAAAGAAACAACGAGCCAAGCGGCCACGAGAGCAAAAGCAGUCAGCAUCCUCCACUCAGGAGCAAAAGGAAAGUGAAUCCAGUGGCAGUGCUUCCGAGAAUGAGGAACAUUCCCAAGACAACACAGAGGAAAGCAAAGAAGAAACACUUGUUCCAGUUGUUGAUAAAUCCGAAAGCAAUAAUGAACCGCAGUCAGGGUCCCCGCCUUUAACUUCUGAACAACCUUGAAAUGCCAAAAUACAUUUGUUAGUUUUAUUAAUAAAACAAAAAAUUGCAGUUUUAUUUUAUACUUUUAUCAUAUAUUAAACGACUCCGAUUUCUAUAUAUCGCCCACCAUCAUUAAUAUAUAAUCCUAUAUCAUAUCAAUUUGAGGCCAUCAAUAUUAAAGCAG